AUGGCAGCUCUGCUGCCCACCAUGAUUGGCCUGAAUGAAGCUUCCCAACACACCCGCGACCAUGAAGAAGAUCGACGAGCAUCAGCCCGCAAGCAGCGCUGCCAUCUGAUUGCCAGCUGCUCGCUCACCCAAGGGACCCCUAGUCAGCGCGAAGAAAUUCAGAACGCAAAGGUAUUUGUGGGUCAAGACGGCCGGCUCUACAUCACGAAAAAGGCACCGAGCACGAUGUCUCCCUUCAAUGGAGGGUUUUAUACUCAUCCAGCAUUCCCGACUGACAAUACCUCCGGGUUGGUGACUGUAACAGGCGAACAACCACCCACUUUACGGUGGGCGUUUCUAGACGCGCAAACCUACGAAGUGCGUUGGGGUAGUCGACCCGACAGUGAGGGCCACGUCUGUGGGCCCUUUGACUGGACCAAGGAUGAACAGCGAUUGACGCUGGAUGGGUGGGAGGGCUGGCUGGCGGUGCAAUUGCCGGACGAUGAGGCCGGAACCGGGCUCUGGCGGCUAUACUUCGACCUGAACGAUGACGGAGCAGAUCUGCCAGUCGGAGCGCAGGGAUUGGAGAUUGUACUAAGGCGGGUAGCGGCGGAAAGUUGA